AUGGAUUCGAAUUCGAAUGCUGGCCCGUCGCAUUCGCGGUCCCAGCGUUCUCUCCAGGCCCCGUCAGACCGCAACCGAGCCUCGACCCUCUCGGCCGCCAGCCUUGCUGGGCCAGCGACGCCAGCCGAGUCGGAUGUCCCGGCCGACGAGUAUUUUGAACCGCUCAGCGCGGCAGCCUCGCGAAGAUCACGAACUUCCACAGCAUCCCACGGUUGGGCUGGCAGCGUGGCUGCAUCCGAAUCCAAUGCCACAGACCGCCCGCGACGCCCGAGCAUCAGGAUACGACGAAGCUCCCUCGGUGCACCGCAGUCCACGUCCAGUACACAGGAUGCCGCGACUGCACCUCAGCAGCAGCAGGAACAUGAUGGCGAGAACGAGGUCCUUCAGAGAAAUAGACCGCGGAGUGCUUCGCAGCCUGGCCUGGCAUCACCGCCUGUGGGAGAUGCCGCAGCCAGGGUUGCGAGAAACUCACGACGCAUGCAGCCGCAGAUUGCGCUGCCUAGAUUGACCGAGGAAGGAGCUCGGCCGACCAUGGCAGAGCUGGGACUAGGAGGGACGUCGCCGUUGAAUACGAGCGUGUCCAUGCCCCCUGCGCCCGCGCUUGAGAGAAGUCAUAGCGAUGGGGAGGCCGGUGUCGACGAAGCCGAGGGUAAGAAGCAGAGGAGGAGCAUUGUCGGGAGGUUGUGGAAACCGAGUUUUAGGCGCACGUCGGUAACUGCGCCGGCCGAGGGGGCAGAUUCGAGGGAUACGGAUGAGUACAACGAGGAGCUUGUGGAUUGGUUGGAUAUUAUUGAUCCCGAAGUUCAGACCCUGUCGACUCUGACCAAUGUGCAGAAUUCGCUCUUCGUCCCCGAUCUAGGAAGCUGGGUGAAUCGACGACCAGCAUAUGUUCUCUCCCAGCCAGAUACACUCUUGCCACGACCAGUGUCAGCGAGGGAGCCCAUCCAGCAACCAGAACAAGUGCCAACAAUUCGAGAAGAUGAGGAAGAAGCCCCGCGGCCAGAAGAGGGAGAAGUGCAACAAGCACCUUACAUCCGACGAACAGAUACGAUUACCUCGCGACUAUCAGACUCUCACUAUGCGGCACUGCCUCACGGCAGAACACUAGAAGGCUGGUCAGCAGCCGAGAAGUGGGAGCUGGAUGACCACGUUCGCCACAUGCUGCAUUCACGACGGUCCCGGUUCAAGCGACAAAUGAAGGGAUUUGGACAAUACGUCCGGCGGCCAUUGGGUUUCUUCGUGACGCUGUACGCGACGCUGAUUACGCUGUUUGGUCUGGCCUGGGUCCUGUUUCUUAUCGGAUGGAUCUACGUCGGCGAACAGCAGGUCUACGCCAUCCACAUCAUCGACAGCGUCCUGGUUGCACUGUUCGCCAUCAUGGGCGACGGUCUAGCGCCCUUCCGAGCCGUCGAUACCUACCACAUGAUUUUCAUCGCGCGGUACGCCCGCAAGAUUGCCAAAGCAAAGAAGCGAGCUGCCAAGGAGCUCGCGAGAACCGAUUCCUCAACCAAGACGCAAAACACAGAUGCCUCAGAAGACAGACGAGGCCCCCCCCAUCCUCCUCCUCCGCCUCCUGAAGAAGAACAACGAAAGCCCAACGGCUCCCCGACCCUGCACCAACCCUCCACCGCCGACGGCGUACCCCCCACCGCCCUCGACGGCGACAACAACCCGGGAGUCGAUCUCGAAGACGCCAAAUCCGAGACCUGCUCCCUCGACUAUGACUAUUUGACCCCCAAACAACGCAAAUCCCUCGAACACCACCAAAAGAAGCUCUCCAAGUCUCACAGUUUCUACAAACCCCACGAGACCUUUACCCACCACGCCUUCCCGCUGGGCCACCUCAUAGCCAUCAUCGUCCUGCUGGACUGCCAUUCGUGUCUGCAAAUCUCACUGGGCGCGUGCACAUGGGGAAUAGACUAUCACCACCGCCCGUUUGCCCUCACCACGGUGAUUCUGUGCGUGAGCAUCACGUGCAAUUUGACGGCGGGGCUGGUGAUUAUGUUUGGGGAUAGGAAGACGCGCAAGAAGGACGUCGUGGAGCUGCUGGAGAGGCAGGCGCUCACCGGUGAUGCCAUUAAGAAGGUGGAACGAAAGAGGGAAAAGGAGGUCACUUCGGAAGAAUACGACGGGGAGAAUGAGAGUGUGCGUCAGCAGGAUAGCGGUGUUGACACGGAGGAGAAGAACGGUGACAAGGGAAAGGACAAGGAGGUUGAGGUUCCGAUGAGUACAACCGGACAGGUUUUAGGACUGGCAGGUCAUGAAAUAGGAUCACUCUGGUAG